AUGAUCGGGCGCGCCGUGACGAACCUUUCCGACUUGAACGCCUUCACGCUAUCCAAUACAUGGAUCAGAGGUGCGCUUGGCGGCCAACUGUAUAAGCGCGACGCCAACUAUGCACUCGGGGCAGGAAUCGCACAGCAAAACUUGAAGACGGUGGAAAACGCCAUACUUGCGGGGGCUGAUCUUGACAAAGAGCAUAUGGGAUAUACAGCACUUCACCGGGCUGCUCUUGACGCUUGGGAAGACGGGGUCCGUCUGCUUCUCAAACAUGGCGCCGAUCAUGGAAUGAAGGCCAACAGUCCCGUCAAACCGGCAAUGCAUGUAAUGAUAAGCUCGCCAUCGUCACGACAAGCAGAGUCCUAUGUCUGUAUCGCAGAAGCGUUCAUCGAAUACCACGCCGACAUUAAUUGGAAGGACGAUAACCAUAGCCCAAAUACAGCUCUUGCUUUGGCUUCUGGGCGUGGAAAUUUAGUUAUGGCCAAUCUUCUGCUUACCCACCAGGCCGACAUCGAGUCGAAGGACCGUUGGGGUAGCACACCUCUACAUUUAGCAGUCAGGUCCGGCAAUGACGCUAUGGUCAGCCUUUUCCUUGAGGAGGGGGCUAAUGUUAAUGCUGAAGACAAUAAGCGUCGAACUCCUCUGUAUUGGGCGAGGGAAUACGGUGCAGACAGCAUUGGGACCUUACUCGUCGAGCACGGGGCCAACACUAACCUUCCGCCUAUUGGUGGUGUUUGA